UUCUAUAGACAGUUGAGGCCGGCGACUGAGACUGCUUGACCAUUCGAGAACUUCUGAAGGGAAUCUGACACCAAACUGACAUCAAGUGCCUACAAGUACAACUAGCGCAUCAUUCGCUAGUCCAAUGCUCCUACCGCAGCAUGGAGUACGGAGUACGGAGUACGGACAUAACCAUGAAUCACCAUCCAUCACUGAACCAGAAGGUGUAGACAUCUCGAGAAGGAGUCUUCAUUUGUGAAUUCUUCGCAUGCCUUCAAUCAAGUAUCGUGAGUCAAUUGCUCGUCAGAGAACUACCGGCUAGUGUCUGUACUACAAUCCCCAUCGUCAAGACAGAGAUACGGACCACCACACCCCCUCCUCCCCCUCAUACUGAUACCAUCACCUCUUCCAAUGUCUCCAGUACUAGAUCUCGCCCCGGAGAUCCUGCAUCAAAUAUUCAUAGAUGUUCAGCCUACAGACCUGGGAUCGCUAUCUAUGACAUGUCAGUAUCUCAACCAGGUCAUUCGCAACGACGAACGUCUAUGGAGACACCACUAUCUCUCCCACUUUGUGAUCCACCAUUUCCGCUGCUGGGAUUCGUCUUAUAUUGACCGCUUCUCUAGGAUCCUCCUCAGCAAGACGGUGCAACUUUAUGGAUGGCCCGAACAACUCGUCUCAUCAAGACCCAGAAGAUUUUAGAAUCGGACAACGAGAGCGUCAAGGACGCUGCUCUUCAAGAAGUUUUGGAAACGACUCUCGAGUUGAUCGAGAAUUCACCUUCCGAAUCACCAAAGAACACCGACUUCCUCGCGACGCUUUUCAAAAAGGACUUGAAUAUCAGCACCUUCCUCUGUAAAUCCGGCCUGUUCUCUCGCGCCGCGCGUGGAAAAUGGACUGCUUCACCCAAUGCAUCGCUCCGGCAGCUUUCCGCCCGACUCCAUGUGCUCGGUGGAAUCAAUAUUGGCGAACCAUGGCCCAAAUGGGACGACCGGAAUCACCCAAAUCACCGUACUGCAAACCGCGACGACGGCCACUACGACCUUUUUGCCCAUCUUGACGAGAUUGGCUAUGUCAGCGCCAACGACGACGACGAUGACUACGACGAUGAAGAUGACGACGAUGAUGAAGAUGAUGGCGACAACGACGAAGAUACCGAUGGUCAUGAAUCCCCAGGACUUGGCUUACCCUCAGCUGAUGCACCUGAAGAGACAUCUACAUCCUCGGCAAGCACGUCGACGACUUUUUCACCGCAACCGAUUCGCUAUACCCAUCCUUUCGCUCGAUCCAAAGUCUACGACCUGCGCCGUUAUACAGCGGCCAACAUGUGGGGGCCUUUUACGGACGACGGCUCCGGAUGUGUCGACUGGGAAAAGGUCCAAGCCAUCAUGAUCAUCAUAGGGUUCAACUACAACUUGUACUCGGAUCGUCUCCGGCGCAGCUCGGCGCGCCCAGCCCGCAUCCGCCAGUCCAGCGGGAACGAACCCUGGGACGGGGUCUUCUCCGGCAUCGCCACCGACAGCUACGUCUCCUGUCGGAUGCCCGGCCAAGUCAGGCCCAGUAUUCGUCCUGAUCUCGACGCCCUUGACCCGUACGGCGUGACGGGAUCCUGGAUGCGCGUCGUCUGCUUCCUGGACUACAACGACCUCUACGCCUUCAACUUCAAAUCCGAUCCACCCGAGUCUACCCAAGACCGCGAACCCCUGACCACGCGUGAAGCUUUCCGUCUCCUUCGACUCCAGCUGAACGUGACGUCGGUCGAGGAUCCCAACCCAGAAGACGGCGAUGGCGACAUGCCCGUCGUGCACUUCCAGGGCACGAGCCGGAGCACCUCCAUGGCUUGGGAUCCCAACGCGAACAGUCAAAUCCGAGGCACCGCGAGGAAGACGGCGAGUGGUGCGAUACGUUGGACCACGUUUAGUCUUUUCCAUGGAGAGGAGCGAUGGCGGUCCGAAGGCGUACAGAUUGGCGGCCUCCGUUCCGCCCGCGGAAUUCUAGGUAACUGGUUCGACAAGGACUAUGAUGACCACGGUCCCGCGGGUCCGACGGCCUUUUGGAAAAUCAGCGACGACUUGAUCGAAGAGAGCCAGCCGCCGGGGAAUCAAUUUGCCAUGCUUCAAGCAUUGUUGAACCACCUCUCUGGCAACGAUUAAUUGAUGACACGCAGGCCUUUCAGUCCCUCCUGAGGAGAGGAGGGGAGGGACAGACGUACGCUCAACAACCGCCUGUUUCGUCCUCGUUCAAUCUGGUCGUACUCAAGUCAGACAAGGGGCUUCCGGCAUUUUGUCUGAAUGAAGGUGGUGGCCCGUCGAUGUUGAUGUAUUCUGGAAAUGUUGGGAUACUUCUUCCUCGGCGUGGAGGUAAGAGGGAGUGAUCAUAGCAAGGCAAGGAGAAAGCGCAGAGAACGCAGAGAUUCUCUGAGUGAGAGUGAAAUGUGACGCAAAAGAAGUAACGAUAAGGAUAUGCUGAGUAUGAUCUAUUGAAUUUAUGGUCCACGUAUGCGGUUGGUUCUUAGGGCAAUAAGUAGGUAGGGACACAGUAAUUGGAGUAUUCAGAAACA